UUAUGUAAAAUAAUAAAAACCAACUUGUAAACUCGUUUCUUCUCUCUCUCUCUCUCUCUCUGCUUUCAAAAUUAAAAAAUUCAUUUUCCUAGAGAGAGAUUGCCACUGUUUAGGUCCCGAUGUCAAUCACUGACCGUCACAAUCCGAGCGCGGAGACAAAGAAGAAGAAUCUCUUCAGGCUAUUCCCUUUCUGGCAGAGGAAAACCACCACCACCUCCUCUUCUUCUCCCUCGUCGACUCAGAAUCACCCCACCCGCCACCGUCAUCGGAAUAAUACGGAGCCGUCCUCCUCCUCCGCCUUGUCUGUCUCUUCCGUCGCGAGAUCGAUUCUCCCCGCUCGACGUCGUCUCCGGCUAGAUCCUUCCAGCUAUCUCUAUUUCCCUUAUGAAGCUGGGAAGCAAGUGAGAAGCGCAAUCAAGCUUAAGAACACUAGCAAGUCUCAUACUGCCUUCAAGUUCCAAACAACUGCACCGAAGAGUUGUUACAUGCGUCCUCCUGGUGGUGUUUUGGCUCCUGGAGAGAGCGUCUUUGCUACUGUGUUCAAGUUCGUGGAACACCCAGAGAACAAUGAGAAACAUCAGUUGAACCAGAAGAGCAAGGCUAAGUUUAAGAUCAUGAGCCUCAAAGUCAAACCCGGCGUUGACUUUGUCCCCGAGUUGUUUGAUGAGCAAAAAGAUCAAGUCACCGUGGAGAGGGUUCUUCGGGUCAUUUUUCUUGAUGCAGAGCGCCCAAGUGCUGCACUGGAGAAACUGAAACGUCAACUUGAAGAAGCUGAAGCUGCGGUUGAAGAAAGAAAGAAGCCUCUGCCGGAGACAGGACCUCGCGUGGUCGGGGAGGGUCUUGUCAUUGACGAAUGGAAGGAGAGAAGAGAGAAGUACCUUGCUAGACAACAAGUCGAAGCCAUAGAUUCUUCUUCCUAAAAUGCAGAGAGAGAAACGUGGAUUUUUCAUUUGCGAAGGUGAAAGAUCCUCUUCCCCAUCAUCGUUUGCAGACUGUACAUAAUUGUAUCCGUCUAUUUAUGUGUGUUAUAUAAUGUCUAGAGUGAGCUACUUUGUGGUUUCUUGUAUGUCUCUGUUUCUUUGUGUGAUUCACGCCGUUUUCGUCAAAUUUUGUUUCGGUUCAAACGAAUCUAUUAAUCGAUCUAGAGUCGAACCA